GCUCGGUAGCGCACUUAAAAGCCUCCCCCCCCCACCCCACACCCCCCAACAGCCGCAAUAGGAGCGGAUAUGCGACUCACUACGACGGGGAAAGACACCUUAGCGCCGCCGCGUUUGGAUUUUUCGCCGUGUUUCGUGCCUCCCGAAUGGACCUCCGCUAGUAGUCAGCGCUAACUUGUUUCCGGACUACAAAAAACUACAACAACAAGAACAUGGAGCACUAUGAGCACGACGUGGCUCUACGUGCCGGCCAGAUGAUGGACGAGCUUUCCUUGUACGACGCCUACUGCCGCCAGGACGCCGCGGGAAGGGAUUUGGACUCUGCGGCGACCACGCUCCGGCAGCAGCAUCACACCGUGGAGAACUUUACGUCGGGGAACAAAGUCUACAACGCGGCUCCGGUGCGGCCGGUCCAGUGCGGCCGGAGCGUCCCGGUGGAUUUCUGCACCCCGCAACGGGAGGCGGGUUACGCCGAGGAGGGCUGCUGCAAAUCCGAGGUGGCGCUGCCCUGCUACACCGGCGCCUCCGAGAGGCAACGGCGUUACUCGCUGGAGGUCCACCGGUACAGCACCGGCUCCGCGUUCGACGCCGUCCACAAGCCGUCCCCCCUGCCCGGCAACAGGUGCAACAGUGUGUGCAUGGACGGCAGGCAUCACAGCCCGCGCUCCAGCCUGGCGUCCUCCUCCGCCAGCCCCCGGGCGAGCUUGGUGGCGUCGGCUGCGGUGCCCGGCGAGGGCUCCAGCGUGCUGAGCCCGAGGUCCAGCUACGCGAGCACGGCCAGCGACACCAGCAAGCACUCCAGCCCAAGGACCAGCCUGAAUAGCUGCGACUGCUGCAGCAAGCCCAGCAGCAACCGGACCAGCGGCAUCAGCAUGGGCUACGACCAGAGGCACGUCAGCCCCAGGUCCAGCACGGCCAGCCAGUACUCCUUCACCACCAGUCCCAGGUCCAGCUACUCGGACUCGCGCUACGGACCCCACGUCAGGGACGAUUUCGAGGCAGCCGCCCCACUCAUGGCAAGCCCCAGGUCCAGCAUGUGUAGCCAGGACGGGAGUGCCAGAGGUCCCGUUUGCGUUCUCAGUCCCCGCUCCAGCAUCUCCAGUCACAGCUCGAGGAGUUCCCGCAGCUCCAGGGGGUCCAUGAGCACCUAUCCGGACCUGCAGCUGCCCUCGCCCAGGGCGUCCAUGCUGGGGGGACACGACGACUCGCUCCUGGAGGAGCUCGGGGACCCCAACGGGAUGCACCCAGGCCUCCACGUCCAAGAGCACCCCUCGUCCCUCGAUGUGACCUCCAAAACGCCCACCGCGAGCCAGAGGUUCAAGAUGCCUUAUCAGGUGACCUCGAGCCGGGAGAGCGGGCCCAGUCAGGCGGAGAGGCGGCUGGAGGCGCUCACCUUAGAGCUGGAGAAGGAGUUGGAGAUGCACAUGAAGAAGGAGUACUUUGGUAUCUGCAUUAAAUGCGGCAAAGGCGUGUACGGAGCCAGCCAAGCCUGCCAGGCCAUGGGGAAUCUUUAUCACACCAACUGCUUCACAUGCUGCUCCUGUGGGAGAAGAUUACGAGGGAAAGCCUUCUAUAAUGUCAAUGGGAAGGUCUACUGUGAAGAGGACUUUUUGUACUCCGGUUUCCAGCAGACGGCUGAUAAGUGCUUCGUGUGUGGCCACCUCAUCAUGGAAAUGAUCCUCCAGGCGCUGGGCAAGUCCUACCAUCCAGGCUGCUUCCGCUGUGUGGUGUGUAAAGAAGGUCUAGACGGGGUGCCCUUCACUGUGGACAUGGAGAACAACAUCUACUGUGUCAAAGACUACCACACGGUUUUUGCUCCCAAGUGUUCCUCCUGCAACCAACCCAUUCUCCCAUCUCAGCAUCUAACAGUGGGAUUGUCCCGUCAGGGCUCUGAGGAGACCAUUCGGGUGGUCUCAAUGGACAAGGACUACCAUGUGGAAUGUUACCACUGUGAGGACUGCGGCCUCCAGCUAAACGACGAGGAGGGUCACCUCUGUUACCCUCUGGGCGGCCACCUGCUCUGCCACGGCUGCCACAUCCACCGACUGCAGUCCCAGAUUCCGGCGCACCCGCCCCCCAGCUACCCGCUCCACGUCACUGAGCUGUGAAGAGGAGGGGGGAAAAGGGGGCGUUGCCAACCCCCAUCUGAUUCCUGUGGCCCGAGACACCAACCUGCCCCCCCUCGGUACACACAGUUUGGUUGAAGUGUCCAUGUGUAAUGUCCGAGUUAUCGAUUUGCCCCACAUACCAGGGUGGGGUUACCCUUUCCCAUAUGUGCCCUACCGCUUCCUUUCCGACAACUAUAUAAACCCCGCCCAAGGGGUCGUCGCUGGCUGGACCAGCCAGUCCCAGCGUGGCCAUGUCGUGCCUGUCUACCAGCGACCCGCGUUGAGCUGUGAAGAGGAAGGUGGCCGGAGAGGCCAACCUGGCCCACCCUCUGAGCAUCCAUGUAUGAAUCCUCUUUUUUGCCCACCCUCCUGCUUACCCCGAUGCCCUCUCCUGAUGACCCCGCAUUUUCAUUCCAAGGGCCACUGCUGGCUGGACCAGUUCCAGUGUGGAAAGGUUGUGCCCAUCUCCCGCUUAUGUGGGGUGUCCAGGUGGUGGACUCACUCUGCUGCUGCUACCCAACAAUGGGGUUACACACAGCCUCUGUCUAUGCCCCCCACUCUUGGUGACCCCACCACUUCAUUCUGAUGGAUGAAUUACCGCCGCCGCCCAGAGGGGCCGCCGCUGACCGGAUGGGAAAGGCCCAGUGGGGCCAUAUUGUGCCUUCAGAGCGGGCUCUCCACAUAGCUGCUACUCUCGUAGCCGCUAACACUGACAUGAGCUCACGGACCAUCUUGACGCCAACCCCCGUGGCAUCCCAUUCCGUUAACAUUAACACUGACAUUCCGCGUAGACAUCUUUAGACAAGACCUCCAGAGAUUCACUGUCUUAAUGAACGAUGAAAAUACAAUGCUAGGUGCGCACACACACACACACACACACACACACAUUCACAAAUAUAUCCCCCAUAGAGUGGAACCUCGAUUAAAACGGACCCUGAUAUAACGGAUAUCAGAUAAAACAGACUGUCAGGACUGAAAAAUGUGUCCAAAAAUAAUUUAGAUUUGUCUGCCGUUGACAAAUUGACAAUUGGCCGCUGUUGUUUACAGGCGCUGUGGCGCAAUGCAGGCAGUGAAUAGGACUGAAGUUUUUCCAGGUCACAGAUAUACAAUAUGACUAGAUCCAAUUCCAUAAGAUGUUUCUCCCGUGCCUACGUGGAGGCCAUGUUGAAUGUGGGGCAUUGACGUGCCACGGCCAUGUGAUGAUGGGUCUAUUUCUUUGGUUCUAUUAGCAUAACUGCGGUGUUAACUCUGAGAAAUACAAAAGGUCUCUGGAGUCUGGAAUAUGCUAUUUUUAAUACAGUAAUAGUUUUGUUUUUGUCAGGCCGUUCGCUUUUGGCAACAGAUUUGGCACUAGAAAGCACACUAAUUCCUCGCGACUCAUUGACUCGCCUAUGAUGAGUUCUGUACGUCAACAAUGUCACCAUGACCAAGCACACACCGGCGUGGUGAGUGGGGAUAAAAUGUGACUUUCAAACAUUUUCAAGCUUUUUAAAAAAUAUUUAUUGACAAUAACUUUCUCCUGGCAGCACGGUGGAGACUGCUUAGCACAUCUGCCUCACAGUUCUGAGGUCCCGGGUUAAAAUCCGGCCUCCCUGUGUGGAGUUUGAAUGUUCUCCCCGUGCCUGCGUGGGUAUUCUCCAGGUACUCUGUUUUUCUCCCACAUUCCAAAAACAUGCAUGGUAGCUUAAUUGACUAUUCUAAAUUGUCCUAAAUUUCCCAUACGUUUGAAUGUGAGUGUGAAUGGUUGUUUGUGUGCCCUGUGAUUGGCUGGCGACCAGUUCAGGGUGUACCCAGCCUCUCACCUGAAGUCAGCUGGGUUAUGCGCCAGCACACCCGCAACCCUCGUGAGGAUAAGCGGUUCAGAAAAUGCAUGGCUGGAUGGCUUUGUCUUUGUACUCUACUGGGCGUUCUAGGCCACGAAAAAAAAAAAACUACACAACAACACUUUUGUACUGUACAGUAAUAUUGGUGUAUAUGGCCUAAAAAAAAAAGUGCUUCAAUGUAACGGACAAUUGACUAUAUCGGACGACCCCACCCCUGCUCCUAUUAGUCUGUUCUAUUGAGGUUCCACUGUAUUACUGCGUGUGUGUGUGUAGGUGUGUAUAUAUAUAUAUAUAUGUAUAUGUGUAUAUAUACAGUAUAUGUGUAUAUACAGUAUAUGUAUAUGUGUGUGUGUGUG